AUGUCGACCACCUCUCCCAUCAAAAAGAUCAUCAUUCCCGAUCUCGUCUCACAUUGUCACUUCCCCCUACGACUGAAUACACACUGCGAAUCUGUGGCAACAGCGUCUGAGCAGUGGAUGAUAGGAGGGGCCAAGUUUAGCGAAAGGCGUCAACGAAAAUUCCUCGGCCUCAAGGCUGGGCUGCUCACUGCGAUGUGCUAUCCAGAUUGCGGCGCGGAAGAGCUGCGUGUUGUAUCUGACUUUAUGAACUAUCUUUUCAAUCUUGAUGACUGGAGUGAUGAAUUCGAUACCGAAGGCACGCGCGGGUUAAGGGAUUGUGUGAUGAAUGUGUUAUAUCAUCCAGAAUCCUACGCAACUGACUCCGUCGCAGGUAAGAUGGCUAAAAGUUUCUGGGAACGUCUGAUCCGAAAAGCGGGACCCCGUUGUCAACGACGAUUCUUAAAUGCAUUCGAUAUGUUCUUCCAGGCGGUGGCCCAGCAAUCGCUGGAUAGGAGUCGUGGGGAUAUUCCUGACCUCGAAUCAUACAUCUCGCUGCGGCGUGAUACCAGUGGAUGCAAGCCUGUGUUCGUUCUCAUGGAAUAUGCAGCGGGCAUCGACCUUCCCGACGAGGUCGCCGAUCAUCCCAUGAUUCAAGACCUCAAUGAAGCCACUAAUGAUUUAGUUACCUGGUCAAAUGAUAUAUUCUCGUACAAUGUUGAACAGGCACGAGGGGACACACAUAAUAUGAUCGCAGUCAUCAUGCACACGCAAGAAUGUGACCUGCAAACCGCAAUAGAUUCCGUUGGAAAGCUCUGUGAAUAUGCCAUCGAUCGAUUCGACUCGAGCAGAGCCUCGUUGCCUUCGUGGGGAACUGAAAUCGACGAACAGGUGGAAAGUUACGUGUUGGGUUUACAAGAUUGGAUAGUGGGAUCGCUUCAUUGGAGCUUUGAAACCGAGCGGUACUUUGGUAAAAUUGGAAAAGAGAUCAAACGGACGCGGGAGGUAAGCUUGGCUGGCCCGGUACCAUAG